UCUACGCCGGCGCCCGGGCGCGCUGUGAUGACGCCAUCCGUCCGCGCCGGCAGUCGAGCGUUGUUCGCGCCGCUGGCAGGCGCCUGCGCAGUGGCUCCGAGCGGGCGGUUGCUUGUUGGUUGUUGUAGUAACGGGGGAAGCAGCCUUCGGCGGCUGCGUUGAUUCCGACUGGGGAAGGAGGAGGGAGGUGAAGCAGAGCGCGGUCCCCGCCUGCCAUCCCGGAGCUAUGAGAAGAUGAGACUGUAACAGAAUAAUUAUUAGGAGUGUUUGGCUCCCUACUCCCCAGCUGUUUGUCAUUCCUGGAGUCUGUGCUAUCCAAAUUGUCUGAUCCAGUGAAACUGCAAGGAAGAAAGGUCUCUGAGGCCUCUGUCUGUUGACUGCAUGACAAACCCUAAAGGAAAUGCCAGUUGUGAUGGCCCGGGACCUGGAGGAAACAGCAUCAUCCUCAGAGGAUGAGGACCUGGUAAACCAAGAGGAUCACCCAUGUAUCAUGUGGACUGGAGGCUGCAGGAGAAUUCCAGUUUUGGUUUUCCAUGCUGAAGCUAUUUUGACAAAGGACAACAAUAUUAGAGUAAUUGGAGAACGUUAUCAUUUGUCUUACAAGAUUGUGAGAACGGACAGUCGCCUGGUGCGAAGCAUUCUGACAGCCCAUGGAUUUCACGAAGUUCACCCGAGCAGCACUGACUAUAACCUGAUGUGGACAGGAUCCCACCUGAAGCCCUUCUUACUUCGAACCCUCUCUGAAGCACAGAAAGUUAAUCACUUCCCCAGAUCUUAUGAACUAACCCGGAAGGACCGACUGUAUAAAAACAUCAUUCGAAUGCAGCACACACAUGGAUUCAAGGCUUUCCACAUCCUCCCUCAGACCUUUCUCCUGCCAGCUGAGUACGCGGAGUUCUGUAAUUCAUAUUCAAAGGACCGGGGACCUUGGAUAGUAAAACCAGUGGCCUCUUCUAGGGGGCGGGGCGUCUACUUGAUCAACAAUCCAAACCAGAUCUCCCUGGAAGAGAACAUCUUGGUCUCCCGCUACAUUAGCAACCCCCUGCUCAUAGACGAUUUCAAGUUUGACGUGCGCCUCUAUGUGCUCGUGACCUCCUAUGACCCCCUUGUCAUCUAUCUCUAUGAGGAAGGAUUGGCUAGGUUUGCAACUGUGCGAUAUGACCAAGGAUCCAAGAACAUUCGGAACCAGUUCAUGCACCUGACGAACUACAGUGUGAAUAAGAAGAGUGGAGACUAUGUGAGUUGUGAUGAUCCAGAAGUGGAGGAUUAUGGGAACAAGUGGAGCAUGAGUGCCAUGCUUAGGUACCUGAAACAAGAAGGCAAGGAUACAACUGCAUUGAUGGCCCAUGUGGAAGACCUGAUCAUUAAGACGAUAAUCUCUGCUGAACUAGCUAUCGCCACUGCCUGUAAGACCUUUGUCCCGCACCGCAGCAGUUGUUUCGAACUGUAUGGCUUUGAUGUGCUCAUAGAUAAUACUCUGAAGCCAUGGUUAUUGGAAGUGAAUCUCUCCCCUUCUUUGGCCUGUGAUGCACCGCUGGACCUCAAGAUUAAAGCCAGUAUGAUCUCAGAUAUGUUCACUGUUGUAGGAUUUGUGUGCCAAGAUCCUGCACAGCGGGCAUCCAACCGGUCAAUUUAUCCCACCUUUGAGUCUUCCAGGCGGAACCCUUUUCAGAAACCUCAGCGUUCCCGUCCACUUUCUGCCAGUGACGCAGAAAUGAAAAACCUUGUGGCCUCAGCCCGGGAGAAGGUGCCAGGGAAGUUAGGCGGUUCUGUGCUUGGUCUGUCAAUGGAGGAGAUCAAAGUUUUACGGAGGGUAAAGGAAGAGAAUGACCGGAGAGGAGGAUUUAUCCGCAUAUUUCCUACAUCUGAGACAUGGGAAAUAUAUGGGUCCUACCUCGAACACAAAACCUCCAUGAACUAUAUGCUGGCAACACGCCUUUUCCAGGACAGGGGAAACCCAAGAAGAAGCUUGCUGACAGGAAGAACACGGGUGAAUACUGAAGGCGCACCAGAACUGAAGGUGGAGAGCAUGAAUUCCAAGGCCAAGCUGCAUGCUGCUCUCUAUGAGAGGAAGCUCCUGUCUCUGGAGGUGCGAAAACGUAGACGACGGAGUGGCAGAUUGAGGGCAAUGAGGCCAAAAUACCCAGUGAUUACCCAACCAGCUGAAAUGAAUAUUAAAACUGAGACAGAAAGUGAAGAGGAGGAAGACGUUGGAUUAGACAACGAAGACGAAGAGCAGGAAGCCUCCCAGGAGGAGUCUGCAGGGUCUCUUGCAGAAACUCAAGCCAAGUACACACCUUCGUUGACUGUUAUAGUAGAAAAUUCGCCCAGAGACAGUUCCAUGAAAGUUGCCGAGUGGACUAAUAAAGGUGAUCAGUGCUGCAAAAUUGAGACUCAAGAGCCAGACUCUAAAUUUAAUCUGAUGCAGAUUCUCCAGGAUAAUGGAAAUCUAAGCAAAGUGCAGGCCCGGCUGGCAUUCUCUGCCUACCUUCAGCAUGUGCAAGUCCGCCUGACGAAAGACAGUGGUGGUCAGACUCUCAGUCCCAGUUGGGCUGCCAAAGAGGAUGAACAGAUGGAGCUAGUGGUUCGUUUCCUUAAGCGAGCAUCAAGUAAUCUCCAGCAUUCAUUAAGGAUGGUGUUGCCCAGUCGGCGAUUGGCACUUCUGGAGCGCAGAAGAAUCCUUGCCCACCAACUAAGUGACUUUAUCGUUGUGUACAACAAGGAAACAGAACAAAUGGCUGAAAAGAAAUCAAAGAAGAAACUAGAAGAGGAGGAGGAAGAUGGGGUGAACGCAGAAAGCUUUCAGGACUUCAUUCGACAAGCAAGUGAGGCUGAACUGGAGGAGGUGUUGACUUUCUAUACCCAAAAAAACAAGUCUGCCAGUGUCUUCCUGGGGACUCACUCUAAGAGUUCUAAGAACAGCAGUAGCUAUUCUGAUAGUGGGGCCAAAGGUGAUCACCCUGAGACAAUUCAAGAAGUGAAAAUAAAGCAGCCCAAACAGCAACAGGCAACAGAAAUCCACUCCGAUAAAUUAUCUCGAUUUACCACUUCAGCAGGAAAAGAGGCUAAACUAGUCUAUACCAAUUGUUCUUCUCUCUCUGGUCCUGCUGCUGUUCUUCUGCAGAAACUUCCCAGCACCCACUUGUCAUCUAUUAUUACCACCUCUGCCCUCUCGUCAGGUCCUGGCCACCAUUCUUCUUUAUCUCAGAUUUCUCCAGCUAUCCCCAGCAUGCCUCACCAGUCAGCACUUUUACUGAACCCAGUCCCCGACAGUGCUUCUCCCUCCAUACACCCUGGGACCCAGAACGUAAGCCCCGCUGGCUUGCCACGCUGUCGAUCAGGCAGUUACACCAUGGGCCCCUUUUCCUCUUUCCAAAGUGCCGCACACAUCUAUAGCCAGAAACUGUCUCGUCCCUCUUCAGCAAAGGCAGCAGGUUCAUGCCAUCCUCAUAAGCAUCAUUCAGGAAUAGCCAAAACUCAAAAAGAGGUUGAAGAUGGUUCAUUCAACAGAAGGUACAACCAAAGCCUGGUUACAGCCGAACUCCAGCGGCUCGCAGAGAAGCAGGCAGCCAGGCAGUAUUCUCCAGCCACUCACAUCAACCUCCUCACCCAGCAGGUGGCAAACCUGAACUUGGCCGGCAGUGUCAUAAACAGAAGUAGCGCCUCCACGCCCCCCACCCUUCGGCCUGUCAUCAGCCCUAGCGGCCCGACGUGGUCUAUACAGUCAGACCUCCACGCUCCUGAGAGCCACGCCAGCCCCCCUGGGAGCAGGAGCCUCCAGACAGGCGGCUUUGCCUGGGAGGGCGAGGUGGAGAACAACGCGUACAGCAAGGCCACAGGGGUGGUUCCGCAGCACAAGUAUCACCCCACAGCAGGCAGCUACCAGCUCCAUUUUGCCCUCCAGCAACUUGAACAACAAAAACUUCAGUCCCGGCAGCUCCUGGACCAGAGUCGAGCCCGGCACCAGGCGAUCUUUGGCAGCCAGACACUACCUAACGCCAGUUUAUGGACGAUGAAUAAUGGUGCAGGCUGCAGAAUUUCAAGCGCCACAGCUGGUGGCCAGAAGCCAAACACCCUGCCACAAAAAGUGGUGCCACCUCCAAGUUCCUCCUCCUUGGUCUCCAAGCCCCCAUCCAAUCACAAACAAGUGCUCAAAAAGGCCGCAUCCCAGAGGGCUUCCAAAGUCUCCGCUGCGGAAGGGCAGCUGAAUGGACUUCAGAGCGGCCUUAACCCUGCGGCCUUUCUGCCCAUCGCCAGCUCCACAGGAUCUUUGGAAGCGCCCCAAGUUAUUUUCGCCAGAUCCAAACCCUUACCCACACAUUCUGGAGCCCUUGCCACAGUUAUAGGACAGAGAAAAUCAAAGUCGAUGAAGUCAGGGACAAUUUAAGAUCCCACUCACUGACCGAUGACCCGGAGAUGGGGAAGAAGAACCUGUUGCGCACUCCUGGGAGCGGGAUGGGGACUACGCCUCCACGGUGCUGCCAGGGGUCCAUAGUAUUUUUUUGCUGCCUCAGAGUCCCCAAGGCCUUCAAGCAGAAGUGGCAGUAUAUGGUUGCCAUCAGCCCAACCAGGGCAACAGGGAAGCAAAUCCCCUGGGUUUGGUGGAACUUGGCAGUGGGGACUCUGGCCUGAUGUGUCAUGUCCCCUUCAGAGCGCGAGUGUGCCUCCCCUGCCUUCCCCUCCCCACCCCGCUAGGUCCUCUCUGUCCCUCCUGCUGCUGCUCCCAGAUGAUAUAAAAGAGGCUCUUUGGCUAUUUGCAUCUGGCUUUUGCUUCUUUUCCAGAUUGAAGUAUUAAGUUUAUUUUAUUUUGUACGAGCUUCAGAUCCCAACACCAUCCACCAAACUUGAUCUUCCCUUGGGGUAGAGGAGCCAACAGCACCAGUUCCCCAGAGUGGGGAAGCAAGCAGGCGACUGCCAUGGGACAGGCGCCUUUUGGAAUUACUGACUUCUAAGAUUAAUAAAGUAAUUCAAUUUUUCUUUCCUUUUUUUCCAUUCACUAAUUUCCCAACAAUCAAUAUUCACAGUCAGGGCUAAAAUGGAACCAACAUUUCAUUUUGUUUCAUAUCUCACUGUUGCACAGUUUUUCAGUUUUCGUUUUAGAAUGGGAGCUAUCAAGAAACUUAGCAGAUGGGAGCACCAGGCUAGUUCCCAGAGCCAUGGAACUGGUGUGUGCCACCACUCCCGGCGUGUCCUCCAGCAGCCUUAUUCACUGUGGUCCUGAGUGGGGUGUGGAUGUGCCCACUUGCACCCAGCCUCUCCACGCAGUUGCUCCCGGUGACUGCAGCACACAUUAGAUCUUCCCUCCAACGUCUGCUGAGAGUCGGACUUUCAAGAAACCCCCCAUCAACCGUGUUGAAAUCCAGACAGAAAAAAAAUGACACCUAAGAAGACAGAUGGGUCCUGUGUGGUGGCUCAUGCCUCUCAUCCCAUCAUGAGGAAGGCAGGGGGAUUACCACGAGUUAGACACCAGGCUGGGCUGGACUUUGUAGUGAGUUCAGUACUAGUGUGGAAGUCAGAGUCCCAAGACCUUGUCUCAACAAACGGAAGAAGAGCAGGGGGUGAAGACAGAGAAGGGGGACUUUGCUUUCUGUUUAGUGCAUGAACUGGGUUCAGGCACAGUGGAAGAUUAGGGCUCUCAAGAGCAGGAUAGAGAAAGGUUUCCAUGUAGUCUAGGACCAUCUUAACUGCUCACUUGAUCUGAGCUGGCUAGACAACACAUUCCUCUCCGGUUCCUGCCGCUCUCCUCAAAACAAGUGUGUGCCAUUGAAGAUAGUGGUUCAAAUGGCCCCAGUGCUUGUGAGUGGCCCAGGAAAGGGAAGACUAGACUGCAGACCUUCCCGUGUGCUUGUACAUGUUAUUUGACAUGAGUAGUGUCUAGCGUGAGAACACCUGUAAUCAUGGUGUGUUCUUUAAGAUAGCAUCAGGAAGCAUAUCCAGUUGCCUUGGUUCAGACUUGUAGCAGGACCCUGGGAGACAGGGUGAAAGGGACAGAAAGAUUAUUUCUUGCAUCCUUAUUGAUGCUGGAAAGGACCUGUAUCUGAUGCACUGUGCUUCUUCCCCAAAGGCAAUUUAUGGAGGCAGCCUGGACCCUGCCCCAGUGGAAGCAGACCUCUAGGUCUGUAGCCUAAAACUGUAUGUUACUUCUGUUUGUAUUCGGUUUUGUUAAACCUUGUUUGUAAGUCUUUUGUCUGCAUGUAUGUCUGUGAACCAUGUACCUGUAGAAGCCGGAAGAGGAUGUCAGACCAUCUGGAACAUGAGUUACAGUUGAGUGGGUUCUGGGCAUUGAACCCCAGUCCUCCAGAAAAGCAGCCAGUUCUCUUAACAUUUCUUAAGCCCCAUAUUGUACAUCUCUUCUGAACAUGAGAGACUUUCCUACUGAAGUUUGAGGAUAACUGUCACAAUUAAUAGAAUGUAGUACUUGGACCAGGCAUGGCGGUGCAUACCUUUAAUCCCAACAUUCAGGAGUCAUUUGAAACCAGCCUGAUCUUCCUAGGUGUUCCAGGGCAGCCAGAGCUACAGUGUAAAAACCUGUCUCAAAACUAAACUGGCUGACAUGUUGGCAUAUUGCUCCCACCACACACACGCACGCAUGCACUCACACACAUAAGACAGAGUACUUCCACAACCAGGGACGGGGGCCACUGUAUAAAUGAGUUGGGCCUGAACAAAGCACAGAGAUAGUCUUAGUGGCUGUGGUAGUUUGAUUGUAAUUGGCCCCCAUAAUAUAGGGGUGGUACUAUUAGGGGGUGUGGCUUGGUUGGAGUGGGUAUGGUCAUGGUGGGGGUGGGCUUUGAGGUUUCCUGUGCUCAGGAUACUGCCCAGUGUCUCAGUCUACUUCCUUUUGCCUGCAAGAUGUAGGACUCUCAGCUACUCC